AUGGCUCGUGAAUGGGGUAUUGUUUCGACAGCUCUCCAGGAAGGGAGACGUGAACUUGUGGUUUCUGGAAAGGAAAUUUCAGAAAUGAUCGAAACAGUGGGGCUUGACCAAAGGAUUUAUGAUCUAAAGAAGCUCAAUUUUCUGGAAAUUUCACAUACUUGUUUAGAAUUCCUGUCCGAUGAUAUAUCGAAGCUUUUAAAUCUUGCGCAACUAUGCCUUACAUCAAACAUGCUAAAAGCUGUCCCAUCUAGUCUUGGAUCUCUCCAUUGUUUACGAUCUUUGGACUUAUCCUUUAACAACAUUUCAAUGAUCCCUGACAUUUUCAACCAUUUGCCUAAUUUAUCUAGUCUUAUUUUAUCUGGCAAUAAAAUACAAAAUAUACCAUCUGUUCAAGGGUUAAAAUCACUACAUGAAUUCUCAGCUUCUAAGAAUCAAUUGACUUUACUUCCUGAAGGAAUCGAGUUGCUAACUAAUCUGGCAGUCUUGGAUGUUUCAUAUAAUAACAUUUCUAAUUUACCGAAGGAUUUGUUUAAUUUAUCAAGUCUCAAGAGUGCGAACUUUUCAGAAAACUCUUUAACUGAUUUUCCAGCCAAUAUUCAUCGUUGUCGCAAACUAAAUGUUUUAAAGAUUCAUGGAAACCCUUUUAAAGAUAAUCGGUUGAAAAGGCUUUCUGUCGAUGAACAUUCACCAACUGCGCUUUUAGCUUAUCUUCGUCGUUUGGACGAAACAGGAAGCAAAAAAGGAAAGAAAGUUAAUGACAAAAUUCGUCACUGA